CGCGCGACGACGGCGGGGCUGGUGCUGACGGCGGCUGCGAUGACCAUGGCGCUCGUGGUCACACGGUAUGCAUGCGCUUGACUGUUGCAUUCGCUUGAGCUCAUGUCCGUUUUUGCCCGACCGAUGCAUGAAGCCCCGUUGUCGUCCACAUCCCUCAUGUUGCGGCAGGCUUUGGUGAGCGACCGAACCUCCCAGAGACGACGCUCGUCAUGGCGAACCCGGCCAAUGGAUGCAGCCCAUAUGCCCAUGAAGUCGCGAACAAGGUAGUGCUUGUGCGCCGAGGGAGCUGCCGCUUUGUCACCAAGGCUCGAAUGGCGUAUUGGGCGAAUGCGAGCGGACUCAUUGUCAUGGAUGACAUGCAUCGUGGUGAGCCUGGUUUCAACGCGACAGACGGCAUCGAUGACAACGGGAGGUGGGAAGUUCGCAUGCACAGCGACGAUUCGGUCCAUCCAAGUGGUGAUUUCCCUCAAGAAGCCCAUCUUCCGCCGUCGGUGUUUGUGUCGUAUGCAUCUGGACGCCGCCUCGAGCGACUCGUGCAAGACAUGUCUUCGUCGCAACACCUACACGACGUUCUCGUGGCGCUCAACACAACCGCCGAAGUGUACCAGCCGUACACGGAAGAUCUGGGCAUUCUCGAGCUUCGGCUGUCGACGUUCAUCGACCUCGUCUACACCAUGCUCCCGUUCAUGGGCUAUGCAUAUGCCUCGUCGUUUUGCUUUGUCCUGUUGAGUACAUUUUACGCCCGCGCCGUCGAAACGUCGGCGUCGUACACGAAGCAGUAUGUACGACGAAGCAUCUGGAGACGACUGGCCGUGGUGCCGUACGGCGGUCCGCUGCACCAUGGCUAUACGUGCUCGAUCUGCCUGGAUGACUUUGUUCUUGGCCAUCCUGUCAAGGUCCUGCCAUGUCCCCAUGCGUAUCACCAAGACUGCAUCGACCGAUGGUUUGAGAAGGGCAGCAAUGCGUGCCCCAUGUGCAAGCGUGAAGCUUUCUCUUGACGACACAUGUCUUCGAUUUCGUCUAGUCAUCAUGAGACCCCUGUAGCUCCCUCGGAAUCCAACGUGUUGUAUCGUGUGCCGGACUAUUGGCUCGCAUGCAUGUCCCAAUACACGUCGAUCGACCCAACAGCGAGCACCUGACCGAGUGGUUCCUCCAGU